AUGACGGGUCCGGUCAAACGCUCCCUUUCCACCCCAAACGUGCAGCAAGCCGCCGCUGCCGCUGCCGCCGCUGCAGCUGCCGCUAUGGCCGACUCCCCUUACUCGACGGAUAAGCGACGCAACAAGCUUGGAUAUCAUAGAACUUCUGUUGCUUGUGGCCACUGCAGACGUCGAAAGAUCCGGUGUUUGAUCGCGGAUGAUGACAAGCAAGGACGCUGUGCCAACUGCAUUCGCUUGAAGAAGGAGUGCUCCUUCUACCCAGUGGACGCCACCGAUCGUCGGCCUCGUUCAAUGUCGAAGCCCGAUAUCAGCCAAGAGGCGGCCUCCGAAACUUCUUCGCCAUCACCUGGUCUCAGUGGCAGAGUACCCCACACCGCCGAACCACCACGCGGCUAUCCCGCAUCGAUGCCCGGCACCCCGACGUACGACUUCACUGGCAGCUUUGACGACAACCUCCGUGGCCACAACGGGCAACACCCCAUCUCGCGGUCAACGAAUGUAUCACGCAAGACGAGUCUCGCUCGGAUGCACACGAUGCCUUUGACAUUGAAGGUGGAACAGGGGUUUCUUAGUCCCCGUGAUGGAUUCGGCCCUCAAUGGGAUGUCGCAUCGCACAGUGACACCAUGACUCCCUCCACCGAGUCGUUCCGCACAAUCGAAGAUCCGUCUGCAGCAUACUGGCGAUUAGCUUCGCCUGGGGUGCCUGCAAGUCCAUACGUGUCUCCUCUGCACAGUCUCGACGCCAUGGCUCAAUUCGGCGGCUCGACGGAACUGCAAGACGACAAUCCUACCUGGUCCCAGGCACCCUCGAGGAUGGGAUCUAUCGACCAGGGUAUGUUACCCGCAUAUGCACUCGGGUCGUACCAGCCAGAAACGGACUUUGUCGGUUUACCGCCCGGACUCGUUUCGACGAAUGCAUCGACCGCGUCGUUGACGGCAUCCAUAUCGGAGUACGGAGACAAUCGUGGCCCGUUUUAUGUGAACCAGUGGGGAGGUGACCUUCUGGCCGAGCCGAAUGCGUACGAAAGCGGUCUACCACUCAAAGCGGAAUCCUACGAUUCGCAUCCGGCAUUCUAUAUGGACGAAGAGGGUCCGUAUCCGCCACUCUCGCAGCCGUCACAGCACGGUACGCCACCGAUAGGAAUGUCGCACGUUUGA